ACCAAAGGCCCCUCAAAUUGAUGAAAUGACUGCAAUAACCGGACCACUUGUUACUUCAUGAAACCUGGCUAAAUCUGACUGGAUAGCCAAGGACCACUUGCUUGUAAUAGUUUAUGGAGGUUUUCUGCGGAAUAUAAAUUGCAGAAUAUCCAUUUUCAUAGCAUCAAUCAUCAAGUUGGCAUUCUUCAUUGCUCCUGAACAGUUAAGACUUUAGUCCGUGGCGGCUGCAAGAAAAUGGACCCCGAAUUGUAUGCAGCUGCACAGUCAGGUAAUUGGGUUGUAAUGAAAAGAUUUUCGGACUACUUCUACUCCCAACAUACUCCAGUAAAAGACACAGUCCUCCACGUAUUAGCCCAGUCUUGUGACUCUGCAAAUGUAGUCCAACUUAUCCUUGACCGACAUGGCCGUUUGCUUAUGAAAUUGAACAAAAGGGGCGAGACUGCACUUCAUUUGGCAGCAAGAAAUGGGCAUUCAGGCGUCGUUCGAGCACUAAUUGACUAUGCAAAAUCGGGAGCAGGAGGAUAUUGGUUCCCCCCAUGUUUUGACAGAUGCAAGUGGAUGCUGAGGAUGGCUAGUAAGGCUGGAAAUACAGCUUUACACGAGGCAGUUAGGAACAACUUCUAUGACAUCGCCAAAUUUUUAGUUCAAGAAGAUCCUGAGUUUCGUUAUCCCCACAAUUAUGCUGUGGAGACACCUCUGAAUCUGGCAGUUGAGAAGGGACGCCAUAAUAUUAUGGUUCUAAUUUUGGAGUCUUGCAAGACACCAUCUUAUCUUGGCCCCGGACACAAAACUGCCUUGCAUGCUGCCUCAAUUUGCAAUUUGCCAGAAUCCAUGAAGCUGAUUUUGGAAAAGCUGCCUAAUCUUAUAAAGAAUGUUGAUAAAUUCGGGUGGACUGCACUUCAUUAUGCUGCCAAAUUCGAUCAUCAGGAAAUUGCAAGACUAUUACUGUCUGCUGAUAGGUCUACCGCCUAUGUUGCUGCCAAGAACGAUGACUCCAAGACUGCUCUACAUAUUGCGGUAAUUCAUGGACAUGUAGUUUUGGUGCAAGAGAUUUUAUCCCAUUGCCCAGAUUGUUGGGUUCAGAUUACGGGUAAAAGUCGGAAUAUCCUUCAUCUAGCUGUAAAGCAUGAAAAAAGAGAAGUCUUGGAGUUUGUUUUGCAAAGUUCCUGGGCUUCUGAGCUCAUUAACGAAAAGGAUAAUGAAGGAAACACCCCUCUCCACCUGUAUGUUGCUACCGAAAACUUAGAUGGGAAUUGCCUUGUGAAUCAUCCUUUUGUGGAUGUCAAUUCUUUUGACAGUUCCAACUCCACGCCUCUAGACAGGAUAGUACGGGAUGAUCAACUUUCAGACAGAAAGAUUUUAAUCAAGGAUGAGUUGGAGCAAGCAGCUGGCACUCGAGGGUACCGAAAUGUUGCUACCGUAAAGAAGAUCUCACGAGCAUCUGGUCCUGAUGAAGUAAAAAGAGUCGAAAACUUGUCUAAGAAUUAUUCGAUUGUGGCUACACUGAUCGCAACAGUCACUUUUGCAGCUGGUUUUACAGUUCCAGGUGGAUACAACAGUGACGGUCCAGACAAAGGCAUGGCAGUUCUAGGCAAGCAAGCAGAUUUUAUUACAUUUGUUAUUUCAGAUUUCUUGGCAAUGAUUGCCGCCAUGGGUGCAGUGGUUGGACAUAUCAGGCUCGUGCAGACAAAAAAUUACCGGCUUAAGUUGGCUAUUGUCCGGGUAACUGAGCGACAAAUUUCUUGGGCUGUGUUUUUCAUGAUGAUGGCAUUUCCCAGUGGCUUGGACGCAGUGCUACCAAAUUUGCCUGUCAUGAUCCUUCUGUGUGUCUCCAUUGCUUGGUUUUUCCAUGACGUAUACAUAAAUCUAGCCAUUGCUUGGCUAAACCUCGAGGACAGGGAAUGCACCUAUACAACUAGAUUUAAGCAUAGCGAAGCUGAUGAUGUCAACAUUCGCGCUCUAGGUCUAUAUAAACGGUGGUAUCAGGAUUUGACCGAAGCCGAGGACUAGUUGUGUUAUAAUUCAAUGGUAACUUAAUAAAAAAAUUUGAUUCUUUCUUACUAUCUGAACUUUUGGCAGCUCCCUCCCACUUUCGUCCAACAAAUUGGGUUUUUUGUUAUUCUUUGGAUUGGACUUGAAAAUGUACAAUGUAACGCUUUCUUUCUUUUUUUGUGUAUAUAUAUAAAUAGACUGCAUUUUAGUA